AUGGAGGAAUACACCCAUCGUUUGGAGGAAAGGAAAGAAUUUGAACGGAUCCCAACAUACCUUGAGCUCUCGUUCCAAAUCAGUGUGAUGGCACUCACAAAGUCCGGCCAAGAGCUGAACGUGUAUUACAAUUUGAAAUCCGCAGCACAAGGAGGUCCUAUCAAAGUGACGGGUCUUCACUUUGCGGCCAUGCACGGAGACAUUCAGCUGUGUCGCCUGCUACUGUGUCGUGGAGCUCAUGUGAAUGCCAACAUAUUCAUUCCAAACGACCAGGAGAGCAGUGAUCUCAGCCAGGAGGCGGCAAAUCGAGCAGAUGGGCUCUUUGAGGGCGCCGGAGGCAAACCCGGUGGAACAGCUGUUGCCACUCUUGAACACCAAACCAUAGGUUCCUCCUUCGCCAUCCGUGGAAACCCCGGGUUUCCAUCAAUGCCACGCAGCUCAUGCUGGACCAAUGCCAACGGUGAUGAGAUCAUGUAUCUCAACACCUAUAUGCAUGGUGAGAGGGUGUAUGCUUCUCUCUUGUUCAAAAGAGGGGUUGACCCUGUGAACGAAAAGGCCCUGGAUGACAUUGCAAGUGAAGCCAAAAUGGCGAAUAUAAGGCGCGACCUCGGGUUAUCAAGAUGA